CAAAAUACACUACGAUCCCCUCAUAAUACGAGUACUUAAAAAGAAGAAGAAAUGGAGAUUAUAGGAAAGAAUAUGGUGAGAUUAAUGCUUGUGAUUAGCAUAAUAAUGGUAAUUGGAGUGUCAAUGAAAGGGGUUAACGGACAGAUGGAUAUAUGUGGAAAACCGGAGAUUAGUUUUAUGCCAUGAUUGCCGGCUUUGAAGGGACCAAAUCCACAAUUACCAAAUAAACCAUGUUGUGACAUUAUUAAGAGUUGUGAUGAGAAUUGUCUUUGUACUUUUGGUCGUACUUCCCCUCUUUUGCCUAGUUAUGGCAUUGUUAAGGCUCUUUUUCUUAGUCAUCUUUGACAAAUACUACUCCGUACUUCCGUAAUACUUUGUAUCACAUUUUAAGAUAUACCGACCCAACCCGUGAAUAACCUAUAAAAUCAACCCAAUUUUAAUUCAUCUCGCUUCGGCUCGGCUCGGCUCGGCUCGGGCUCGGCCGACCUAUAAUCAUCUCUAAACUGAUCCACCUUCUUUGUACUCUUUCUCAAGAAAGAUAUUAAAAGGUAUACUGAACUCAGACGAAAAUGCGAUUAAUAAUUACUGACCACCCCGCUUCGUACUUCUUCAUUUUAUUAUCAUACAAAUAGUCUAAUUUUUCUUCUACUUCUUCUUCGAUUCUUUAUUUCCCCCAUAAUCUUUCUUCCUUCCAUUCAUUUUUUCAUGGUAUUUAGUUAUAUAUAUACAUCAUUCACCAUCCACGAUUCUCUCUCCUCGAGCAAACUUACAAUCAUACGCCCAAAAUCCACAUUCUAGAAUCUUCAAGAAGUUUAGCCAAUUCUCUCCCUAACUUUGGUAAUCAUCUUCUUUUUCUUUCUGCAAAUUUUUUACGGAGUAUUUGUUUUCAGAAUUUCUGUUCGUUAAAUAAGGAUUCUUUUUAUCCUUUGGCAAAGUUCUUGGAAGUUCUGUUUUGCUGUGAUGAUAACAUACUAUCAGAAUUGGGCUACUCAGCUGUUGAAAGAGUAUCUGUUUGAAUAUCCAUGGGUUCCAUGUACUUCCGUAGUAUGUGGUAUUUUCGCCUGCAGAUUGGUAUACAAUUUGUCUCAAUUGAUCAAUGGUAUCUGCUUCAAACACUACUCUACCCUUCCGAAGAUGAAAAAAAUUGAGUGGGAUAACAGGGCUAUAUCAACUGUUCAUGCAAUCUUUAUUACAGCUUUGUCGAUUUAUUUGGCAUUCGGGUCAGAUCUUUAUUCUGACGACCUACAACGUGGGCCUAUUCUAUUUCGAAGUUCAACGUUGUCGACAUUUAUAUUAGGGGUUUCAGUUGGAUACUUCCUUUCUGAUCUUGCCAUGAUAUUUUGGUUUCGUCCUUCUUUGGGUGGAAUGGAAUAUGUGCUUCAUCAUCUUCUGUCCAUGGCAGCACUAGCAUAUGCUAUGUUGACCGGAUCGGGGCAAUUCUAUACCUAUAUAGUUCUUCUUUCUGAGAUAACAACACCAGGGAUCAAUUUGAGAUGGUAUCUAGAUGCAGUUGGGAUGAAAAAAUCUAAAGCCUAUGUUGUCAAUGGAGUGGCUAUAUUCUUAACUUGGCUGGUUGCUAGGGUUCUUUUGUUUAUGUACGUGUACUUCCACAUCUAUGUGCAUUAUGAACAGAUCAAGCUGCUGUCACACUUUGGAUAUUUCCUCAUUCUAAUAGCCCCGGUUGUGCUUGGAGGCUUGAAUCUGAUGUGGUUUGUGAAGAUCACAAAAGGAAUGAUUAAAACAUUGUCAGCCAAAAAGGAUUGAGAAAUUAAGGUCAAAACAGCAUUUGUUACUUGGUGCAUACUCUUUGUAAAUGGUAUAGGCGGUAAAAUAAAGCAAAAUGAAAUUGACUGAUAUCUUACUGCAGAAAAAUAUGUAGCACGCAGUCCCUGGUAUGUGAUAGAUGACAUUCAGAAACUGGUGUACAAACUAAACAGGAUAAGUGAAUACGCACAGUCAAAUUUGUGUAUUUAAGGAGAAAGCUUCCUUUUGAUACAAAGUCUUACACACAUAUAUUUUGAUUGAAUGUAUAUCGUGAUGUAUAUUGUGUACUAAGUAUAUGUAUAGACAUCCUCAUUUUACAA